AUGAUUUCAUCGCCGUCUCCGACCAUAUUGAUGAAAAGCUCACUGGAGGAGACGUCGGAGUCUCUUCGCCGGCAUGACACGUGCGAGAUGUUCAAGGAUAGGUCGCCGUCGCUUCCUUCUCGGGUUACUUCCACAGCGCAAAUGUUGUCGCUUCGUCCAUCGCUUCCGACGAGCUUGCGUUAUACAAUUCCGCCGGAAAGCGGAGAGAAGGAUUGGAGCAAGAAAACGAGGAGUGAGCUAAUCUCAGAGGAGCAUAGAAAGGUGCAUGAAUCCGAAUGGGUCCAUAACCUCGAGGAUUUCAUCAACAAGGAACUUUGUGUCUGGUGUCGGGUUGCUAGAGGGGAGUGGCUCUCCGGGAAGAUACAAUCUACUUCCGGUGACACGGCGUGUGUUAUGUUGUCCAGUACCGAAGUUGUUGUGAGAGUAUCAAUGGAAGAGAUUUUUCCUGCAAACCCAUAUAUAUUGGAGGGAGUUGAAGACCUUAUACAGCUUAGUUAUUUGAAUGAGCCAUCUCUUCUUUACAACCUCCGAGUCAGAUAUUCACAAGACUUGAUUUAUAGUAAAGCAGGGCCAGUUUUGAUUGCAGUGAAUCCGUUUAAGAAUGUUCAGAUCUAUGGAAACGAUAUUCUAUCAGCCUAUCAGAACAAGGCUCUCGAUGCUCCUCAUGUUUAUGCUGUGGCGGAUGCAGCUUAUGAUGAGAUGAUGAGAGAGGAGAAGAACCAAUCUAUUAUCAUAAGUGGAGAAAGCGGAGCUGGGAAAACUGAGACAGCAAAAUAUGCAAUGCAGUACUUGGAAGCUCUUGGUGGAAGUAGCUUUGGGGUAGAAAAUGAAAUCUUAAAGACAAACUGUAUACUUGAAGCUUUUGGGAAUGCUAAAACAUCAAAAAAUGAUAACUCUAGCCGAUUCGGAAAGCUGAUGGAGAUUCAUUUUUGUGCAAAGGGAAAGAUAUGUGGAGCCAAACUUGAAACUUUCUCUUUUGAUCAGUCAAGGGUAGUUCAGCUGUCCGAUGGCGAGAGAUCCUACCAUAUCUUUUAUCAGUUGUGUGCUGGAGCUUCACCAAUGCUUAAAGAAAGAUUGAAGCUUAAAGCAGCAAGUGAAUAUAACUAUCUGAACCAGAGCAGUUGCUUAACCAUUGACCGUGUUGAUGAUACUCAGAAAUUUCACAAACUGAUGGAAGCUUUCAACAUUGUCCAAAUUCCUCAAGAUUAUCAAGAACGUGCAUUUGCACUGCUUGCAGCUGUGUUAUGGUUAGGGAAUGUAUCUUUUGAAGUGAUUGACAAUGAAAACCAUGUGGAAGUGGUGGCAGAUGAAGCUGUCACUAAUGUAGCUAUGUCAAUGGGAUGUAACUCACAAGAGCUUAUGGUGGUUUUGUCUACUUGCAAGCUCCAAGCUGGUAGAGAUUGCAUUGCUAAAAGACUGACACUACGACAGGCAACUGAUAUGAGGGAUUCCCUAGCAAAAAUCAUCUAUGCAAGCCUUUUCAACUGGCUUGUUGAGCAAAUAAAUACUUCAUUGGAAGUUGGUAAAUCACGUACAGGAAGAUCUAUUAGUAUCCUUGACAUUUAUGGGUUUGAGUCAUUUAAGAAAAAUAGCUUUGAACAAUUCUGCAUAAACUAUGCAAAUGAAAGACUGCAGCAACAUUUCAACCGACAUCUUUUUAAGCUUGAACAAGAGGAAUAUGAAGGGGAUGGUAUUGAUUGGACAAAGGUCGAAUUCAAAGACAAUCAAGAGUGUCUAGAUCUGAUUGAGAAGAAACCCAUUGGUUUGGUAUCACUACUAGAUGAGGAAUCAAAUUUUCCAAAGGCGACAGAUACAACGUUUGCCAACAAGCUCAAGCAGCAUUUGAAGGCUAACUCUUGCUUCAAGGGAGAAAGAGGUCAGGGGUUCAGAGUUAGUCAUUAUGCCGGAGAGGUUCUCUAUGAUACAAAUGGGUUCAUGGAAAAGAACAGAGAUCCGCUGCAUGUUGAUCUUAUCCAACUAUUAUCAUCUUGCAAAUGUCAAUUACUGAACUCGUUUUCUACUAAGAUGCGUCACAAGUCUCCAAAACCGGCAACCUUAUCGGACUCAAUGAAUCAAAGUGUGAUCACAAAGUUUAAGGGCCAACUUUUCAAGUUGAUGAACAAGUUAGAAGACACCACUCCUCACUUUAUUCGAUGCAUAAAGCCAAAUUCAAAGCAGUGUCCUGGACUUUACGAAGAGAGUCAUGUCCUACAACAGCUUAGAUGUUGUGGCGUUUUGGAGAUUGUUCGAAUAUCAAGAUCAGGAUAUCCUACUCGGUUGACACAUCAAGAGCUUGCAGUAAGAUAUGGGUUCCUACUGCUGGACACAAAAAUCUCCCAGGAUCCACUUAGCACAUCAAAUGCUAUUCUGAAACAAUGCAAUCUUCCUCCUGAAAUGUAUCAAGUUGGUUAUACGAAAGUAUACCUUCGCACUGGGCUAAUUGGCAUCCUUGAGGAUAGAAGAAAAUAUGUUCUGCGGGGUGUACUUGGAUUACAGAAACGAUUCCGUGGUUAUCAGUCGCGUGAAUACUUCCACAAUAUUAGGAAUGCGGCAGUGAUACUUCAAUCAUAUAUCCGCGGUGAAAAUACCAGGAGAAACUACAUUGUGGUUGAAAAAUCGGCUAUUGUUUCCUCAGCAAUAAUUGAAGAGCUUGAUGCAGUCAUACACUUGCAAUCUGUGGUACGCGGAUGGUUGGUUCGUAAACACUUACAAAAUAGUAUGCAACAGGAGAAACAAUCAAGCAAUGAGAAGAAAAGACCGAGAAUAAAGUCAAUGAGGAGAAUUUCAGAAGAGAAGGAUGGUCUUCUUUUAAGAUGGGCUCUUGCGGAUCUUCAGAGUAGGGUUCAGAGAGUCGAAGCAGCGAUAAUGCACAAGGAAGAUGAAAACACAGCAUUGCAGGAGGAGUUACAGCGGUUUAAGGAAAGAUGGUUGGAGCACGAAACAAGAAUGAAGUCAAUGGAGGAAACAUGGCAAAAACAUAUGUCGUCAAUGCAGAUGAGUCUCGUAGCUGCAUGUAAGAUUCUGGCUCCAGACAAGGCUGCGAGUCACGGUGAUGACUCAGAGGACACAAUGUCACUUGGAACGCCCACAAAAGAGCUUAAGGGUAGUUUGAAUGAUGUUAACAAUCUUGUUAUAGAAUGUGAUCAACGUAGAGUCGUAUUCGAUGAAGAUGUCAAGUGUCAUGGGGAAAUGAAAUUGGAACCAGACUCGAUUUCAGUCAAGAAGCAGCAUGCAGAAGAAGAACUAAGUAGACUGAAGUUAAGAUUUGAGAAGUGGAAGAAAGAUUACAGAGCAAGGCUACGAGGGACAAAGGCAAGGCUCCGGUUAAACGGGGAUAAAGAUCGUCACCGGAAAUGGUGGUGCAAGAAAAGCUUUUGA